AUGUCUGUUUCUCCUUCAAGAACUCCUGAUCAGAUUUCUUUAAAUACAAUUUCUUCCAUAGGACGAUUUACUCCUCAGCCUUUUGUGCCUCGUCCUGAAAAGAAAGUCAUGCAGAAAACACAAGAAAACGAAUUUGUUUCAAAUGUCGAAGGAAUGAGAACUCUUCAGCAAAAAUCAGCUAAACUACAGAAAUCAGUUGGAAAUUUAGAACAAGAUAUCCUAUUUUUGCAAUCAAUGAUCGACAGACAUAAAAAAUACAUAGAACAAACAAAGAAGGAUCAUCAAGUACAAGUAAAUUUAUUCCAACAACAGAUUGAAAAUCGUAAAAUACAGAUAUCAAAGAUAGAUACCUCUCAAGAACCUCCAACUUCGAAUCAAAUUGCUACUUUGGUGCGCCAAAUCCAAGUUGCUGGCAUGACAGCCAAAAGAAGAGCCGAAGAUUGUCUUCAUGAUCAGGAAAUUAAUAUAGUUUUAUCAGGUGAAAGAUUAAAACGAUUUCACGACGUGUUAAUUCCAAAGGUAACUGAUGCAAUCAUGUCAGACAACCCCAAGCUUAAGAAAGCAUUUGAUAGAUUAGAAAAUGACGUUUACAAAAUUGCAGAAAUUCAAACACAAUUAAGAAGUAUUAAAAUUUUUAGUGCGAAUCUCGAAAAAAAGCUCGUUGAUAUGAAUUCACGCCUUGAAGCACUUCAAUUCGAUAAAGCAGACAUUCAAAUGGGAAUUGUAGACAAAAAGGAGGAAUUACAUGCCGAACUUACUAAGAAAUGCGAAGAACUCGGAAAGUUGAGAUGGAAGAUCGAAUACAUGAAAGCUCUUAAAAAGAAAAUGUCAAAUAAAGAACAUGCAUAA